AUGUAUUGUACAAUCGAUUCCACUAAGACUUACCCUUCUACAACUGUCUUUGAGGCUUUGUUCGAGCAAGAAACCGAUGUACCAGGCGACUAUAAGCUGUUUAUCGACACUGACAAACCAGAAAACAACUUGACCCGAGAUUCGCUGAAAAGAGAUAUCCUUCUUUUUGCUCAAGGGCUCAAGGACAAAUACAGCUUUGGACCCGGUGAUAUAAUGGCUGUUUGUGCUCCAAAUCAUUUGGAUUGGGCAAUUGCGGUUCAUGCUCCACCUGUUAUAGGUGCAAUCACAGCCAGUGUCCGGGCUAUAGAAGGACCUGAGAAUGUUAUAAAAGAUAUAAUGCUUGUCCGACCAAAGAUCAUAAUUGCUCACAAAGAGACCCUCGAGACAGUAAAGGUGGCGGCCAAUGCUAUCAAUUUAGAAUAUAGCCGCAUUCUUAUUUUUGGAGAUGAGACUGUCGAUGGGUUUGCACCCUUUCGUAGUGUCUUAAUGAAUCAUUCAACCCUGGCCACACAAGUGAAACUUACACUUGAUGAACUUUCAACCAAGCCUGCUUAUCUUUACUUCACUUCAGGAACAACUGGAACAAGAAAGGCCGUAAUUAUCACGCAUGAUAAUGUCGUAAUUACAUUCUGCGCCAAGCAGAUUUGGCUUACUUAUGAGACACGCUACUUGUCUUAUACAAAUAAUGCGCAUGCUUCUGCCUUGAUUGUGGCCAUGAGUAACUGUGUCAAAAAUGGUGUCCAGACAUAUUUGCUGAAAGAUUUUACUCUCCAGCGUUUGUGUGAAGCUAUACAGCAGUACAAGAUCCAAGUAUUUGCAACUCAGCCAUGGGUUAGCGCUGCCCUAACACGAGAACGUUUUGUGAGCAACUAUGAUCUGUCUUCACUGGAAUAUGCAAUAUCGGCAGGUUCACCUUUGGAUCCUAUGACCAUGAUUAGGUUUAAGAAUCGGCACGAUGCUACACUCUGUAGCUUUUUUGGAAUGACAGAAAGUUUGCUAAUCUUCCAAGUGUCUCAAGAAGGCGCCAGGAGAGGUAUCCCAGGCUCUAUCGGUACUCUUUAUCCUGAAUUUACUGUCAAACUUGUGGGAGAUAAUGGAAAAGAAGUGCCACAUGGAUCGAUUGGCGAGCUGUGUAUAAAAGGGCGAUUUGUUACAACAGGAUAUUACAAAAACGCUGAGGCAACUGCUGCCGCAAUUGAUAAGGAUGGAUUCUAUCACUGUGGUGAUCUAGUCAGAGUCGAUGACGAGGGCUAUUUUUAUUAUAUUUCUCGUAUUAAAGACAUCAUCAAGUAUUAUGCCUACCAUAUCAGCCCCCCCGAGAUCGAAUAUAUAUUGCUUUCCCACCCUGGCGUUUCUGAAUGCUGUGUAGUAGGAGACUAUAGCGAGGAGCUUUCUACAGAGCUACCAAAGGCCUUUGUUGUUCUCUCUAUGAAAAGCAAAUACUUAUCAAUUGAUAACCUUCAAGAGUAUGCAAACGAUAGAUUACCAGACUAUAUGCGCUUACGCGGAGGCCUAGUUAUUUUGAACGAGCUUCCAAAAUCUUCUCUUGGAAAAAUCCUGCGCAGUACUCUUCGCCACCAAAUGGGACAGCCGAUAAAAGCAAUAGAGACCAAAACAAAUUGUGUCUCAAAAAAACCUUCCAUACUCACUAUGGGACAGUCUACUAUAGCAUAA